UGACUGGUGGUGGGUGCGAGAUGCGCUCGGAGGAGGGGGCGAGAGGCCCGAGCGCGGCCGUUUCGGAGCGGGCUUCAAGCCGGAGGGAGAGUCUGUCGGCCGCGGAGGUCCAGGCCCGCCGAGAGUCUCCGCGGAGAGAGCCUGCGCGGCUCCCAGCCUCGUCCUCCAGCGGGGCCGGCGCCGGCCAGUCUCGGGAGGAGAAGAGGACGGCGCUGAGCAAGGUGGUUCUUCGGCGACUGCCCCCGGGCCUCACCAAGGAGCAGCUGGAAGAGCAGCUUUGCCCGCUGCCGGCGCACGAUUACUUUGAGGUGGUCGCUGCCGACCUCAGUCUCUAUCCGCAUCUCUACUCAAGAGCAUACAUUAAUUUUAGGAACCCUGAUGACAUCCUUCUGUUCAGAGAUCGUUUUGAUGGAUAUAUCUUCAUUGGUAAUAAAGGCCUAGAGUACCCUGCAGUAGUGGAGUUUGCUCCAUUCCAGAAGAUAGCCAAAAAGAAGCUAAAAAAAAAAGAUGCCAAGACUGGGAGCAUCGAAGAUGAUCCAGAAUAUAAGCAGUUUCUAGAAACUUACAGUGUGGAAGAAGAGAAAACCAGUGCCAGUCUUGAGACACUUCUAGGAGAGAUAGAGACAAAGACAAGAGAACUCCUUGCUAAAAGAACCACACCUCUCUUGGAAUAUAUUAAAAAUAGGAAAUUAGAAAAGCAGAGAAUUCGAGAAGAAAGGCGAGAAGAACGGAGGAGGAGGGAGUUAGAAAAGAAGCGGUUGCGGGAAGAAGAAAAAAGAAAGAGAAGAGAAGAAGAAAUAUGUAAAAGGAAAGAGGCAGAGAAACAAAAGAAAACUGAGAAAGAAGUAAGGAUUAAGCUUCUUAAGAAACUGGAAAAGGGAGAGGAAACAACCACAGAGAAACCAAAAGAAAAAGGUGAAGAAGUUGGUAUUGGACAUGAAAAGCAAGAAACCUGUACAGCUCUGAAAGCCAGGUGUAUGGAGAGCCAGCUGGAGACACUUGGGGAGAAGUGAACCUGCUCUUGUUUCUAUGACUUCCUCCAACAUGGAUUCAUAGGCUGAAUAGGAAUGUGUACCUGUCACAUUAUCCUUGGAACCUAAGAAUUUUGUCAGGAUAUGCAAGCAUGCCUUUGUGUUUAUAUCCUGUUCAAUGCCAGAAUCUUAGUAAAUGUUGAAUCUGCAGUCUCGGGUCUGUCUUCAAAUCAGUAUUUUCUCUGUUAUUACCUUAAUUGUUUGUUGCCUCUUGGUAUUCUUCCUUUCCCACCAUAGGUUUUCCUCCCCAGGCUCCUGCACUUAGGUCUCCAGGGUCUGCCUUCUCAAACUCUCUUCCUGAGUGAUCAUCUGUUUUCUUCUGUCUUGUGAUUUCCUACCCAUUUGUUUUUCUAGCUUUCCUGCAGUUUAUAUACAAUUAAAAUUUAAUUACAUGGACUUGCAAA